AUGGCAGUUGUACAAAAUGUUCACAAUGUUGAAUGGAAAUUGGGUCGUUCAGAUGAUAAUUCAGACUACAAUGCUCAUACGCUAAACAAGGCGUCAUCAGUUGCCAAGGUCCGAUUUUCUUCACCUGAAGAUUUUGUGCGUAAAUCAGGUGGAGUGAGAAUAAUAGAGAAGAUUCUUAUCGCGAAUAAUGGUAUUGCAGCAGUCAAGUGUAUGCGUUCCCUACGGAAAUGGUCGUACGCUACAUUCGGUAGUUCAGAUGUCCUACGUUUUGUAUGCAUGGCAACACCAGAAGAUAUACAAGCCAACGCAGAAUACAUUAAAAUGGCUAAUAAAAUGGUUUUAGUCCCCGGCGGUUCAAAUGUAAAUAAUUAUGCAAAUGUUGAACUAAUUCUACAGACUGCUGUGACGAAUAAAGUUGAUGCUGUAUGGGCUGGAUGGGGUCAUGCUUCAGAAAAUCCUCAGCUACCUGAAGUUCUUAGUAAACACAAUAUUGCAUUUCUUGGACCUUCGCAUCAAGCUAUGUGGACACUUGGCGAUAAGGUCGCUUCAACAAUUCUCGCUCAAAGUGCCUGCGUACCAACUCUCCCUUGGAGUGGUUCUGAUAUAACUAUACCACUUGACCGAUUGGCUAAUGGACAGUCGACUGCAAAACAUUCAGAAGCUGAUGAUUCUAUUCCACAUAUUAUAAAGUCAUCUGGUGGUUUCCCUCAAAGAUCAUCUAUACCCACUAGUCCGAUAUCUGAAGAACUAUAUCGUUCUGGUUGUGUUGCAGACUUGACAAGUUGUCUGCAAUGCGCUGAGAAAAUUGGCUAUCCAGUUAUGAUUAAAGCGUCUGGUGGUGGAGGGGGCAAAGGCAUUCGAAAAGCAAUGAACAGUACCGAUGUUGAACGAUUCUUUCCACAGGUGCAAACUGAAGUACCUGGUUCACCGAUUUUUGUAAUGAAAUGUGCAAGUUCUGUCCGUCAUCUAGAAGUUCAAAUACUCGGUGAUAAUUAUGGUCAGGCUAUUAGUUUAUUCGGUCGUGAUUGUUCAGUUCAACGGAGGCAUCAAAAAAUCAUUGAAGAGGCACCUGUUAUUGUAGCACCAAAAGAAAUUAUUGAAAAAAUGGAACAGGCUGCCGUACGUCUUUCAAAAUUAGUUGGUUAUGUCAGUGCUGGAACAGUAGAAUAUUUGUAUGAUCCUACUUCUAACGAAUUCUACUUUUUGGAAUUAAAUCCACGUCUUCAAGUUGAACAUCCUUGUACUGAAGUAGUUGCUGAAGUCAAUUUACCAGCCUGUCAGCUACAGAUUGCUAUGGGUAUUCCCCUACAUCGCAUUAAAGAUAUACGCGAGCUGUACCUUGUUUCUCCAUGGUCUGAAUCAAACAUUGAUUUUGAUGAUCCCAACAUUAAUCGACGACCGCCGAGUUGUUAUGUAAUAGCUGCUCGUAUUACAAGUGAAGAUCCUGAUGAGGGUUUCAAACCUCGGCCUGGUGGUGUACGCGAGUUAAACUUUCGAAGUAAUCAGUCUGUUUGGGGAUAUUUCAGUGUUGGAAGUGCUGGUGGCAUUCAUGAAUUCGCUGAUUCACAGUUCGGUCAUAUAUUCUCAGCAGGUGAGAAUAGAGAACAUGCUAGAGAGAAUAUUGUUUUAGCCUUGAAAGAAUUAUCUAUUCGUGGAGAUUUUAGAACUACAGUUGAAUAUCUGAUCAAGGUUAUGGAAUCGGAGGCGUUUAUGAAUCAUAAAAUUGAUACAGAUUGGUUGGAUACACGUAUCGCUCAAAAUGACCAGGUGAAUUUGGUUCCCUUUUUUUCUCCUUCGGGUUCUAGUCCUUGA